AUGCCAGCCAACCUCACAGAGGGCAGUUCCAAUUCCAUCCAGACUGUGCCAACAACAUUGGAUUCUUCCCCAGUGGCUUGCACUGAAACGGUGACUUUCACUGAAGUGGCCGAGGGAGAGGAGUGGGGCUCCUUCUACUCCUCCUUUAAGACUGAGCAGUUAAUAACCCUGUGGGUCCUCUUUGUAUUCACCAUUGUUGGAAAUGCAGUUGUGCUGUUCUCCACACGGAGGAGGAAGAGGAAAUCCAGAAUGACCUUCUUUGUGACUCAGUUGGCCAUCACAGACUCUUUCACAGGACUGGUCAACAUCUUGACAGAUAUUAUUUGGAGAUUCACUGGAGACUUCCUGGCACCUGACCUGGUCUGCCGAGUGGUCCGCUAUUUGCAGGUUGUACUGCUUUAUGCCUCUACCUACGUCCUGGUGUCCCUCAGCAUAGACAGAUACCAUGCAAUUGUCUACCCCAUGAAGUUUCUGCAAGGAGAAAAGCAAGCCAAGGUUCUCAUUGGGGUUGCCUGGAGCCUCUCCUUCCUGUUCUCCAUUCCCACCCUGAUCAUAUUCGGGAAAAGGACACUCUCCAAUGGUGAAGUGCAGUGCUGGGCCCUGUGGCCUGAUGACUCAUACUGGACCCCAUACAUGACCAUUGUGGCCUUCCUGGUGUAUUUCAUCCCUCUGACAAUCAUCAGCAUCAUCUAUGGCAUUGUGAUCCGAACUAUUUGGAUUAAAAGCAAAGCCCAGGAGAUGGUGAUUUCUAACUGCUCGGAUGGGAAACUGUGCACCAGCUACAACAGAGGGCUCAUCUCAAAGGCAAAAAUCAAGGCCAUCAAGUACAGCAUUGUCAUCAUUCUUGCCUUCAUCUGCUGUUGGAGUCCAUACUUCCUUUUUGACAUUUUGGACAACUUCAACCUCCUUCCAGAUACCAAGGAGCGAUUUUAUGCUUCUGUGAUCAUUCAGAACCUUCCAGCACUGAAUAGUGCCAUCAACCCCCUCAUCUACUGUGUUUUUAGCAGUUCCAUCUGCUAUCCCUGCAGGAAGCAAAGAUCACAGGACUCUAGAAUGACAUGCCGAGAAAGAACCGAAAGACAUGAGAUGCAGAUUCUGUCCAAGCCAGAAUUCAUCUAG